GGCAGAUAAUUGAAAAUAUAUAUUUAUAUUUUCAAUGUAAAAAAUUGCUGAAAAAGACUGAAAUUGAUCAGAGUCGGUGGGAUAUUUUUAGGUGUCACUUUUUUUUUCUUUAGUUACUUUCUCCAUUGUUUACAGGAAUGAGGUGUUGGACAGCCAGGACUCAUUUGUCCUUAUUUUGUGCUCUGCUGCUGCUGCUGUCCCUCUCAGUUCACUGCCAGUGGCCUUCAAAUGACGGAAUCUGUUCUCCAGGCAUUGACAUCGGAAAUGACAUCAGUGACUUCAAGAAGCUGGAGAACUGCACAGUGGUCGAGGGCUACCUGAAGAUCCUUCUCAUUGUAAACAAGAACACCAAUCAGGAGGUCUUCCGCACGCUCAGUUUCCCCAAGCUGACCAUGAUCACAGACUACCUGCUCCUCUUCCGUGUCCCCGGUCUGGAAAGCCUGAGCACGCUGUUCCCGAACCUGUCGGUGAUCAGAGGCCGCAAUCUCUUCUACAACUACGCCCUGGUCAUCUACGAGAUGAACAACUUGAAAGACAUCGGCCUCUACAACCUCCGCAACAUCACCCGUGGUGCCAUUAGGAUCGAGAAGAACCCGGAGCUCUGUUACUUGGAUUCCAUCGACUGGUCUCUCAUCAUGAACGCAGACUUAAACUUCAUCGCCGGAAACAAGCAGGACAAGGAGUGCACAGACGUUUGCCCGGGGUUCACAGAGGAAAAUCCACAGUGCAUUAAGACCAACUUCAAUGGCAUCUCAAACUACCGCUGCUGGACAUCCAAGCACUGCCAGAAAGUGUGCCCAGAGCGAUGUGGGCAGCGGGCAUGUAUGGAUUCGGGGGAGUGCUGCCACGCUCAGUGCCUGGGAAGCUGCACAUCUCCAGACAGUGCCACGGCCUGCGCCGCCUGCCAGCACUACUCCCACGAAGGCCGCUGCGAGGAGCAUUGUCCUCCAGGCACGUACAUAUUCGAGGGGUGGCGCUGCAUCACCUUAGAGAUGUGCUCCGUGGCCCACCUGCCGUACCUGGAGCGCUUUGUCAUCCACGGCGGCGAGUGCAUGAUGGAAUGUCCACCCGGCUUUAAUCGUGAAAGUAGUCAGAGUAUGUUCUGCAGUGCUUGUGACGGCCUGUGCGACAAGGUGUGUGAUGGGAAAGAUAUCGACUCUGUGGACGCUGCACAAUCCCUAAAGGACUGCACUGUGAUCAACGGCAGCCUGCGCAUCAACAUCCGGCGUGGCAACAACAUAGCUUCUGAGUUGGAGAACUUCCUAGGUCUCAUCAAGACGGUGACUGGAUGCGUGAAGAUUUCUCAUUCUCCCACUCUGAGCUCGCUGUCUUUCCUUAAGAGUUUGAAUCACAUUAAUGGGAAGGAGCUCUGUGAUAACAUGUAUGCCUUCUUGGCGUUUGAUAACCAGCACCUCCAGUUUCUCUGGGACUGGUCACAGCACAACUUGACCAUUCACACGGGGAAGCUCUUUUUCGGCCGGAACCCCAACCUGUGCAUGUCCGAGAUUCGCAAGAUGUGGCUGAAAACGGGCUUCAAGGAGAAGUUUGUGGAGGACGAGUUCCGCACCAACGGCGGGCGUGCGAACUGUGAACAUAAAAUUCUGAAGUUCAUAAGCAAUAGCACUGGGAGUAACAAAAUAACUUUGACAUGGGAACGCUAUCAACCUCAGGGUUACAGAGGCCUCAUCAGUUUUGAAGUGUACUACAAAGAAGCGCCUUUUCAGAACAUCUCAGGGUUUGACGAUCAGGGUUGUGGGUCCAACAGCUGGAUGAUGGUGGAUGUGGACUUGCCUCAGGACCAAAACAGAAACCCUGAUGUCCAUCUUACAGGCCUUAAACCCAUGACACAGUAUGCUAUCUUUUUGAAGACUGUAACUUUGGUAGUGGAGGACAUAGACACGCAUGUCCUGGGGGCCAAGAGCGAGUUGGUCUAUAUUCUGACUAAGCCUAAAGUACCUACAAUGCCAAUUAAUAUCCGCGCCUACUCCAAUUCCUCCACAAGCCUGGUGGUUCAGUGGUCUCCUCCUGUCUCUCCCAACGGGAAUCACAUCUACUAUCUGCUACGCUGGCAACAGCUGGAAGAAGAUCGUGAACUCUAUCAGCACAACUACUGCUCUGAGCUGAAGAUUCCCAUCAGAUUCUCCACAGGGCUGGCAGACAUAACUGGGAACAUGAAGCCUACCAAUUCUGACUCGUCAGGGGAGAACAAAACUGUUUGCUGCAGUUGCUCUAAAGCUAGUUCUGAUAAUAUAAGGAACGGGGAUGACAUCAUCUACAGUAAAGCCUUUGAAGACUUCCUCCACAACAACAUCUUCACCCCCAGACCCAGCCUCCGUCAGCGUAGGGACGUGUCAGGAGUGGCAAACUCCAGCUUCCUACACUCUCUGCUUGGUUCCAGUGGGAGCCUAAGCGAGGGCAACUCCUCAGUCCCAGAACCAAAUAUGCAAGAGUUUCAUGAAAGAAAGUUGGAAGAAACAAGCACUGAAAUUCAAGGCCUGCAGCCUUUCACUGUGUACCGCAUCGACCUGCAUGCCUGCAAUGAGGAGAUCCAGCAGUGCAGUGCUCCUGCCUUCGCCUUCCCCCGCACUGAACCAGCAGACAAAGCUGAUGACAUUCCUGGCCCAGUGACAUGGCAGGAUUCGGAUGACUCUGUGAUUGUGAAGUGGCCUGAACCAGCACAACCCAAUGGCCUCAUCCUGCUCUACGAGAUCCAGAUCCAUCUGGGAGGCGAGCUGGAGAAGCACGAGUGUGUGUCGCGUCAACACUACAAGGAGCAUCGAGGUGUACGGCUCACUAACCUCGGACCCGGGAAGUACUCGGUCCGUGUGAGGGCCACCUCAUUGGCAAGAAAUGGCUCAUGGACACAGCCCAUAUCCUUGUACAUCCCACAGGCUGAACGCUAUGAGAAUUUCCUCUACUUAAUGAUCAUCCCCCUUUUGUUCAUCCUGCUGGUCCUUGGAGUGGCCAUGUAUGUCAUCAAUAAGAGAAGGAACAGCGACAGGCUUGGAAAUGGAGUUCUGUAUGCAUCAGUCAACCCAGAGUACCUCAGUGCGACUGAAGUGUAUGUCCCUGAUGAAUGGGAGGUAGCACGGGAAAAGAUCACCAUGAUAAGAGAGUUAGGCCAAGGCUCCUUCGGCAUGGUGUACGAGGGCAUCGCCAAGGGUGUUGUCAAGGACGAGCCUGAAACCCGCGUGGCCAUCAAAACUGUUAACGAGUCCGCCAGCAUGCACGAGCGCAUCGAAUUCCUUAACGAGGCGUCCGUCAUGAAAGAGUUCAACUGUCACCAUGUGGUUCGUCUCCUUGGUGUGGUCUCACAGGGACAGCCCACUCUAGUCAUUAUGGAACUGAUGACUCAGGGUGAUCUGAAGAGUUAUCUACGCACACUACGAUCCAGCAAGAACACAUCCAGUCUUCCUUUGCCACCGCUGAAGAAAAUGAUUCAGAUGGCAGGAGAGAUCGCAGACGGCAUGGCAUACCUCAAUGCCAACAAGUUUGUCCACCGAGACUUGGCAGCCAGGAACUGCAUGGUGGCUGAAGACUUCACUGUCAAAAUUGGAGAUUUUGGCAUGACACGGGACAUUUACGAGACAGAUUACUACAGAAAGGGUGGGAAGGGACUGCUGCCUGUGCGCUGGAUGUCUCCAGAAUCCCUCAAAGACGGCGUCUUCACCACCAUGUCUGACGUGUGGUCGUUUGGUGUGGUGUUAUGGGAGAUAGCCACCUUGGCAGAGCAGCCCUAUCAGGGUAUGUCCAAUGAGCAGGUUCUGCGCUUUGUCAUGGAAGGAGGUCUGCUAGACAAACCUGACAACUGCCCCGAUAUGAUGUUUGAACUGAUGCGCAUGUGCUGGCAGUAUAACCCCAAGAUGCGUCCUACCUUCCUGGAGAUCAUCAGCAGCAUCAAGGAUGAUCUGGAACCCAAUUUCAAGGAGGUGAGCUUCUUCUACAGCGAAGAGAACAAGCCGCCAGACACGGAAGAGCUGGACCUAGAGAAUCUGGGCACCAUGGAAAACGUUCCCUUGGAGCCCUGUGCCAAGGCCCCGGUGCACUCGCCCACUCCCUCCUCACCCUCCUCGGGCACAGACAAACGCUGCACCAAUGGACCGGUGCUUCUGCUGCGAAGCCCGUUUAAUGAGGCACAGCCUUAUGCGCACAUGAAUGGGGGAAGGAAGAACGAGCGCACAUUGCCCUUGCCACAGUCGUCAGCGUGCUGAUGCCAGCCUGCCCACUUUUUUGUCCUCUUUUCUUAGGUCAUGUUAAGCCUUUCUGGCAUUCCAGAGAACUCCCACUCCACUCGGUCUAAUCACCACGUCCUCUCUGGAACAUAACACCGCUAAGGAAAACCAGACAGAAAGGCGUCGAGGAUGUCGACCUCUCAUCAUACCUCAGCGACGCAGUUCGUUUUUCUCUUUGUGUUAUGACCUACGUUGACUGACGGACAGGUGGCAAACUUCACCACCAUUACUAUAGAAGCAUGGCAAACACUGACAAAAAAACAACAACAAUAUGGAACACACACACACAGUAACUUCCAAGGAGCGCACACUCCCACCUUUUAUAGCGUUUUUGUUACUUUUAUACAUUUCCAAAUACGAAAUUUCACAUUUAGGGUCUUGUCUCAAAUCAGUCAUGGUGAGGUGGCAUUAAUGUAAAGCAGAAUUUAAUAUUCUUAAUCUUUAUUCCAAGAGAGAGGCACUUUUGUGUUUUAGGUGUCCAAAGACAUGGUAGCUCUUAAAGAGCGAGCCAGAGCGGUUAUAGUGCGGCUCAAAGCCGGGUGGCGCCAUUAACGAGGAGCCUCAUCUAACAAGAUGCGAGACUCCGCCCACUGUGUAUCUACUCAGUGGUAGAGCAGCAAGUUUCAAACCUGCCAUCAUCUUUUUUUAUUAAUAUACUCCUUUUCUCACAGUCUUUCUUGCUGCAGUUUUGUGCUCUCCAAGACGCAUAAAAGCAAAUAUGACACUCCACAUUUUUUUACACUGGUGUGUAUAUAUCUGUCUAUACAUAUACCUUUUUGUUUUGUUUUGUUUUUUUUUGUUGUUUUUUUUUCUCUCCAACUCUUCUUGUGCUUUAUUGAUUUAUGAUCAAUGCCAAGUUGGGUUUUUUUUCACCAGAUUGCCUCCUGUUUAUUUUCUUGACCAGGUUUUUGUCUUGUACAUUCGGUUCUACUGCUAAACUUCCAGCCACGUUUAGGAAGAAACAGCGAGGGGCUGUUGGGAUGUAGAAACCGUAGCACGAUCUUAAAAAGACUUAACAUGAAAUUAUCCACAUUGCAAAAAAAUACUAAUACAAGGUACCCGCAAGAGAUUAAAGCAAGCAUGGUGUAAUUUAAGGGAGGUCAUGCGUCAUGAAAAAAGAGCAGGAAUUCUGAUCAUUUUGUCACUUUUCCCCCUCCACCAUCUCAGUCGGUCAGAUAUUGGACCACAGAGCAAACACAUCAUUCAUCUGUCACUUUUCUACCUUUUUUACGGUUCAAAUGAACUCCUGUAAUGUCUGUACUAAAAGAAGCUGCUAUUUUCUUCUCGAUUUCUUUUGUGGUUGUAAUAUAUAUAUAUAUAUAUAUACAUAUAUCUAUAUGUAAAACAGAUCCUUCGGGUUAAAUCCUUUACUGUGUCCACUACCAUCUUGUACGUUUGCAUAAAAAAAAGAAAGAAAACUCUACUAUUUAUAUUUUCUGCACCUAAUCUUUCUCUUUUUCUCCAUCCCCUUUAUCAUUCGAAUGCAUUCGUCUCAGAACGUGCUUUCAUCUAUACAAAAAAAAGGUACAAAUUCACGUCGUUGUGGACUUCACGUCGAUGGUGGCGCAGUCUAUUAGCAGUUAAACACUGUGUCUUACAAAUCAGACUCUCAGGUUCAAUUCCAAACCAUCGCGUUCAGGCACCUUAAACACAUUAAAGAGGGUUUUUUUUUACUUUUCUUAACAAAAUACAAUCCUGUUCCACAAUUCAGAUGAAAGGAAUAGUUGGCCAAAAAGUACCAUCUGCUCCACUUUUGCUUGCUUUUUUUUCUUCUUUUUUUUUUUUAAGGGAUGCAUCGAUAACACGCUGCUCCCCC